AUGGCAGGUAGGCAACUCGACGCGGAUAAGACUAAACCUACACCGUCGUCUUUGAAGAAAUCGGGUGUACCUUCAAAAACGACUAUUGUUUCCACCCCAUCUACAUCGGAUUCAUACACCAUAAUCACCAACAAGCUUUUGGAAGCGAUACGUAUCCCUGAUACCAGCUCAACCGAAAGCGAUUUGUGGAUCGGGUAUGAAUCUAAGGUAUCUGGAAACAUCUGUAACCCCAAGAACUUCAUCAAGACUCAAAAGGUGGAAUUUAUCGUCAACGAUCAACAGUUGUUGGCAGCUUCAAAAUAUAUAAAAGAAGCUGCAGACGAAGAUGAUAUACUGUAUAUCACUUUCGUCAGUGACGGUAAAUUAGACUGGUACCUUUUGCUUGGAAUGGUAAGGAUCCCCAAGGUGUUCGCGAUCGAUUUGGCCACCAUCAAAGAAUCGGCUCGAACGGAAGACUUGGGAACCGCUAUACACCACCUGAUGCCUGUGUUUUCUGAUGUGACCAUCUUCAAGAUAAUCACGGAUCAGCAUUCAAACGAGAGCAUCAUUCGCCAUGGUCUGAGGCUGCUUUUGAAGAACAAAACACCUCUAAUACAUCUAUGGAAAUAUGGACUGAAUUUGAGAGAAAUGGGUGACAUACCUCGUUAUUAUGAUAAUAACGAUGCUGCCGUCUUCUUUAAGAGAAGACCUUUCUCUCUAAAUCCCGUCCAUGAGGAAGAUUCGCAAUUGACACGGGCCGAUACUCUUUUUUAUCGGAAAGCUGCCAGAAGCCCCCUCUUCGUGCAGCUUAAAAAACGUGACGAAUUCCUUAAAAAUUAUCUUUUCUCCUCAUCCCUUGCUGGUUCUCUGGCCGUACUUUGGUUUACCAAAGUAAUGUGCAACGACCAGCAAGUUGGUGUAGACUACAGAAAAGGUCUCAUUGAAAUUGGUGGAAUAGCCUCCGUAGUGAAAGCUGCGGUGGAACAAUAUACUUUAUUGUUGGCGAAACCCACCAAUGAAAUAACUAACCCAUGGUUCAAUCUUACAGGGAAAAGUAACAAUGUUGGAAAUGGAAAGGGGAAGGAAAAGGCCAAGAGGAUCUCCUAUCCUAAUCCGACCCCGGAAAAGUCCAACGAGAUGGACGUGGACCUUCCUGAGGCGUUGAAGGGACGAAUUGGGGAGAAGGUAUUGGAGGGAACCUCUACCAUCCAGGAACUUCCCCCACCAACCAUCAUCCCAACAACCUUCAACGUCCCACCACCCGUCAUUUCCGGAAACUCUUUAUCAUCCAACGCCCUGGAAGCUCUGGCUGCAGCCCUGGUGUCCUUGCCACAGCAAAUCCAAGCCUCUGUUGGCAAGGCAAUCGCUGGGACAGAGGGACAGCAAGUCAAGGAGGCGGAAAGGGGACGAAAAAUCUCCAAAGAGUUGGGAAGGAAGGGUGAGAAGAGGAAGGACAGGUCGGAGUCGAACCGACAGAAGAAGAAGAUGGAAGGUGAAGGGAAGAAAGGAAAAGUGGACUCGAUUGCCGCCUUAAUCGAGAGGAAGGAGAAGGAGGUGGAGACCGAUUUGAUGAUGGCAGGCAAGCUCCAAAAGGAGUAUAUGUGUAUGGAGAAGGAGGUGGAAGUGAUGGCAAAGCGGCUCCAACUCUUGAAGGAUGCGGCAGGAGAGCUGCAGCGAAAAUCCUCCUGUGCCAAGGAGGAGUUGGCCAUCCUUAAGAAGAUCUAA